GGAGAGCAGCUCCAGCGAUUGGAGCUACCCCAGCGGGAAGAGGAGGCGGGGUUUGUGAGGGGAGCCCCUUCACGGCUCGCUCCGUCCGAAUAGGUCUCGGUCCCCUCCCGCGUCCUCUGCUAGCCUAGGCAGCCUUCAAGCGGGAGCACUGCUUGGAAAUCUCCGCAGCGGAAAACAUGAGGAGCCCCCCACCAGUCGGCUUGGCCCUGCUGCUGGCGGUGGGCGCGCGCUUCAGCUUCGCAUACCAAGGAUCGGGAUACUCACCCCUAGAAGAUGAUGAAGAUGUGUAUGCACACAGUAGAUAUAAAGAUACCCCAUGGUGCUCUCCUAUCAAGGUGAAAUAUGGCUAUGUAAGCUGUCGAAGCCCUCAUGGAGGGUAUUACAAAAAUGUCUUGGGUACAAAAUGCGACAUUCGCUGUCAGAAAGGUUAUGAACUUCAUGGUCCACAGCAGCUAAUUUGCCAGUCAAACAAACGCUGGUCUGGGAAGGUUUUGUGCAAACAAAAACGUUGUCCAACCCUUUCAAUGCCAACAAAUGGAGGAUUCAAGUGUUUAGAUGGUGCGUAUUAUAACUCCCGGUGUGAGUAUUAUUGUUCUCCAGGAUAUCAGCUAAAAGGAGACAGAAUAGUACAGUGCAUGGAUAACAAAGCUUGGAGCGGCAGACCUGCUUCUUGUGUUGAUAUGGAGCCUCCUCGAAUCCAGUGCCCAAGUGUGAAGGAGAAAACAGCAGAGCCCAAUAAAUUGUCAGCCCGAGUGUUCUGGGACACCCCAGAGGGACGAGACACUGCUGAUGGCAUUUUGACAGAUGUUACUUUGAAAGGGCUACCACCAGGAUCACAUUUUUCAGAAGGAGAUCACAAAAUCCACUACACUGUGUUUGACAGAGCUGGGAAUAAAGGAACUUGCAAAUUUUUGGUUAAAGUCAAAGUUAGGCGCUGUGGGAAACUGAAUGCUCCAGAAAAUGGUUACAUAAAGUGUUCUGGUGAUGGGGAUAACUAUGGUGCAACCUGUGAGUUUUCCUGCAUUGGUGGGUACGACUUGCAGGGUAGCCCAGCACGAGUGUGCCAGUACAAUUUAGGCUGGUCAGGAACAGAGCCAACCUGUACACCUAUGAAUAUUAAUGUUGGCGUGAGGUCUGCAGCAGCCCUCCUGGACCAGUUUUAUGAGAAACGAAGGCUGCUCAUUAUAUCCACUCCUACUGCUGCCAAUUACUUCUAUAGGUUGCAACUGGGAAUGCUGCAGCCAGCACAGUGUGGUUUAGAUCUCAGGCACAUUACGGUGAUUGAAUUGGUUGGAAUCUAUCCAGCACAGUUGGGAAGAAUAGGAUUAAAACUGAUGCCUCCUGCCCUGGCUUUGCAACUCAGGUUGUUGCUUCGAAUCCCCCACUAUAACUUCAACAUGGUGGUGAUUGAUAAACAUGGCGUAGACAAAGAGAGAUAUCCUUUCCCAGCUACCCCUGCGGAGCUCUUUGCUCUCAUUGAUACUUUCCCUUUAAGGAAAGAAGAGAUGAAACUGCAAGCAGAAGCUGGCCAGUCUUGUCCCUGAUUCUGACCUGCAUAUGACCCUUCUACUUCUGCUGCCUAAAUUUCUUUCUGGUGCUACUCAAAGAAUGGAAGUCACUGAUGUACAGAUCUUUCUUAGUGUGUAUGUGUGUUUUUAGCCUUUUGUGUCCUUGGGCUUUUGCUCACCUAAUGUAUGAAUGAUGCUUCAUUAUUUUCAAAAAUUCAUUAUUUGUCUUUGAAGGUCUUGAAAGUGUUGAAUUGUUAUGGUUAGAUUUCCAGGAGUUAAUUUUAAAUUGCUUCCAGUGUAAAUUUUUCCUUUUUACAGAUCUUUUAUUAAUAAAAUAUUGUUUUGCAUAA